AUGGCACAGCCUGGAAAUCGCAAGGGGGGUAGGCGUCGCUCGAGCGGGGAGCAGGCGGUUAUUGUCGGAGUGUUGCUAACGCUGAUAUUUCUCGUUUACAACGGACGGUUUCCGUCUAUUUUUUCGUCUCGUACGAGCACCCCGUACGAAAACCUCAGCGCCACGGCGCUGCGCAAACUCCAGUCGGAGGAUGCGGCGCUCAUAGCGCCGGAAGAACCGGAGAGCGACGGAGGGAGCGAGGCUGCAUCUGACGCUGAGGAGGAGCCGUACUACAUGGAACCUCGGGUCAAGGACUGGGACGAGCAGCGGCGCGCGUACAUCGCGGCGCGCCCGGGGUGCAACGCGACGCGCGACGGCAAGCCCAAGGUGAUGCUGGUCUCCGGCUCCAACAGCAAGCGGUGCGGCGAGGGCCCCAACAGCGGCGACUUCUUACUCCUCAAGUUCCUGAAGAACAAGCAGGACUACGCGCGCGUGAACGACAUGCCGUUCUAUUACGGCAUGGGCGCGAUUGAUCCGCGGCUGAAGACGUUCUGGGUGAAGCUGCCCAUGCUGCGCAUGCUCAUGCUGCAGCACCCCGAUGUGGAGUUGUUUCUGUGGGUCGACUCGGAUGCCAUGAUCACUGACAUGGCGUUCCGGUACCCCAUUGAGAAGCAGGCGAACAAGGUGCUUGUCAUGUCGGGGUUGGACGCUGACGUGUACGGCAAGAAGGACUGGGUCGCCCUCAACACGGGGAGCUUCCUUAUCCGCAACUCACAGGAGGGGUUGGAUCUGCUGGACGACUGGGGGCAGUACGGGCGGUCGGAGAAGGUCACAGUCAAGUGGGGCGAGAUCGCCAGCAGGGUGCUCCAGAAACGCAAGAACUGGCCGGCGGACGAUCAGACGGCGCUGGUGCUGAUGCUGACGGGCGAGGGCGAGAAGGAGGAGGACAGGGCCAAGGGACUCAAGCCGCUGGCGGACCGCUGGGCCCCGCGCACGCACCUCGAUCCUACCUACACCCUCCACGGAUUCUGGGGGAUUUUUGUGGACAAGCUGGAGGCGAUAGCAGCCAAGUACCACAACGGGAUGGGCAACUGGGAGUGGCCCUUCACAGUGCACUUCACGGGGUGCAAGCUGUGCGACCGCAAGUUCUCCGACUAUGACCCUGACACCUGUGACCGCGGCAUUCACCGGUCAUACGCCUUUGCCGACAACCAGGUGCUCAAGAGAUAUUCGUCGGACGAGGAAGAGGAGGAGAGGAGAGAAGGAAGGGGGAAAGAGGAGAAGAGGAGGGAGAAGGCGAAGGGAGGAGAGUCCGACCGGCAUGCUUCGAAGCAUGUGGAUCGGCGACGGAGCGAGAAGCAGCGAUCUGUGAGCGACGAUGACGAUGACGAUGACGAAGAGGAGGAGCGGGAGCGGGGGAAGCGACGGGGAGAUUGCGAGGGCGGGAGAAGCGGGAGAGACAGUCGCAGCGGUGUUGGUGGGAGGCGGCGGAGGGGGAGCGAGUCCGCGAGUGCGAGCGAUUCGGAGUCGGAGGGGGAGAGGAAGAAGGGGCGGCGGAGAGGGGGCGAGGAGGGGAGUGAGGGACGAGGGGAGAAGGGGGGCGGGCGGAGAGCGCGUGUACGGCGUAGCGGGAGUGACAGUAGCGAGGAUGAGGCGAAGGAGAGGAGACGGAGCAGACACCGUGACCAGGCGGAGGAGGAGGAGGCGGAUGAGCGAAGAGUGGGGAAAGCGGCGAGGGAGGAGAGACCAAGAGGGAUCGAGUCGAGGACCAAAGCGCGUGGCACAGCUGCUGCUACUUCUCCUGCUGCUGCCGCCAGGGGGGCUACUACUAAGCCACUGCGCGCCAAGCCAGCCCAACCAGCGCAACCAGCCAAGCCACCCCUUGAUGCAGCAUCGCUGGCAGCAGAAGCUGCGCGCGCAGCUGCUGGUUUUGGCCCCUCCGCCACCGCCUCUUCCGCCGCUCCCCCGCCCCUCCCCCACCCCCCCGCCCUCCCGCCGUCCUUCCCCCCUCCCCCACCCGCUUCCGCCCCCCCCAUCCUUCCGCCUCCUCCCCCCCCCACGCACUACCCCUUCUCCGCGCCUCCCCCUCCCCCGCUUGGCGGCCCCCCUGUGCGCGCCACUCCCCAUGCUAGCGGGAAUGGGGCGGCGGCAGAGGGUAGGGUGAUUGCUGACGUGGACAGAUCGGCGUCGGGCGGGAGAGUGCUUGCUGACGUGGACCCUGAGAUGCUUGACGCCAUGGAAGCAACGCAGAAGGCGCUGGAGGCGAAGGAGGGGGAGAAGAAGAAGGUGAGGGGGAGAAGAAGAAGGGAGCAGGAGGGAGGGGAAGAAGACGAAGGUGAGGAGGAGAAAAGGUCAGUGGGGGGAGGGGAGAGGGAGGUGAGAGGAGGGGGAACAAGAAGUGGGGCGGUACGGGGGUGGGAGAGGGGGGGAGGAAGUGGGGCGAUAGUAACGAGAGAUGGUAGUGCGCUUGAGGCGAGGAAAGGCGAGAUGAAGAAUGUGUGGGGCGGGUGGGAGAAGGGGGAGGGGAGAGGAGGGAGGAAGAAAAUAAGGGAAAGGGGAAGAGGAGAGGGACGUGGAGGGAAGUGGAGGGAAGUGGAGGGAGGGCCAGGGAGGGUUGAGAGAAGGGGAGAGGAGGACGAGGUGAGGAAUUUUGAGACAAUGGGUUUUAUUGACGAGUUUAACCCCCACCCACGCCCAACCACCCCUCUUCCACUCCUUCUCGCCCCCUUCCCCCCUCUCCCCUUCGCGCUGCAGGCAGCACCGCCUUCGUUUGAGCUGUCGGGAAAACGGGCCAAAGAUGACUUCUUGCAGCCGUCAUUUGAGCUGUCGGGCAAACUGGCUGAAGAAACCAACCGCUUCCGAGGUGUCGCGCUCGUGUACAACGAGCCGCCAGAGGCGCGCAAGCCCUCCAUCCGCUGGCGGCUGUACGUCUUCAAAGACGGGGAGCCCUUCAAAGAGCCGCUCUACAUCCAUCGCCAGACGUGCUACCUCUUUGGCCGCGAGAGAAAAGUUGCAGAUGUGCCAACAGACCAUCCGUCGUGCAGCAAGCAGCAUGCUGUCGUUCAGUUCCGCCUGGUGGACAAGGAAGAGCCGAGUGGGGAGAUGACGUCUCUUGUCAGGCCUUACCUCAUGGAUCUUGGCAGCACCAACGGCACGUUCCUCAAUGGAUCACGCAUUGACGCGCAGAGAUACUAUGAGUUGAUGGAGAAGGACACGGUGAAGUUUGGCAACAGCAGCCGCGAGUAUGUGCUGCUGCACGAGCACUCGGCGGGGUGA